UUCUUUGGUUCUAAUAAUACCCAAAAUUCAUUUUCCCUCUCUUCUCUUUUUCAUUUCCCUCUUCGUUUUCCCACUUCUUUUUUUCAUUCUCUUACUUUUUCGUAAAAACCCUAAAACCAGCCCAGAUAUCAAUAACCUGAAAUCAAACAAAAAAUCAAAAUCCUAAAAUCCUAAUCGAUUCUCCUAAUUUUCAUCUCUUCGUACGAUAGUUGAACCAACUGGAAUGGGGUGAACCAACUGGAAGAUCAUCCAUUAUAUUUGAUUAAAGUUCAUCAGCUUGGACAUCAUUCACUCAUUCAAGCAUAAGUUGACUUGUACAUUGACCUUUGGUUCUGCUUCUUAAUUCAAAAUUUGAAACCAGGUAAUCUCUCUCUCUCUCUCUCUCUCAUAUUAUUCCGCCAUAAUGGUAAAUAUAGGUUGAUAUUCGGUGUUUUCUGCCACAAUAUGUUAUAAUGGCGCCGCGAAGCGGUCGGUAUGGUGGGAUAUCCACCGUCGAGAAUAGUGGUUUGUAGAAGUAAUUAAAAUACUAAUGUGUAGAAGUCAAUAUAAAUAUAAUAUAUGUAUUUUUAACCUUUCAAUGAAGUAUAUGUUUUAUAGUUAACAUUUUGAUCUUGUGCUUUGAGAUUAUCUAACAGAUUGAAACUAUGUUGAAUGUUAAAAGUAUGGAAAAGAGAGUUGAAUUAUAAUAUACACAUAGGUUUGUUUGAUCAGGUUUAGAAGAAUAUAGUUCUAACAAGGGCUUGUUACACUUGGGCAAGUCACCUAUCUAUAAAAUCCCAGUGAUGAAUAAAAUGUAAUUUGGGUAUUAUUUCUCAGUGAUAACAGCAAGUGUUUAAAAUGACCAGUGACAACUAUUCAUUAACUACUACUGACCUUGAAUAUUUCUUAUUGUUUAAUUAAUUAACUAAUUAUUCAAAUUAGGAAACUACUAUGCUCUUUAGUUCAAUACUUGAAUAAUAACCAACUUGUGUCUAUGAUGUUUGACGAAGAGGAAGAAUUAGAGAGCUUGUUGACAAUUUCAAUAUGAGUUUGUGAGUUAAGAAAAUCCCAAGAACAUAUUGUGUGAAGCUUCAUAAUGUGACUUGGAAACACAGACACGACUCCAGGUUGUUGAAAAUCCAUGUUUGUAGUUAUGUAUUAAAGCAUUCUAAUUCUGAAUAAUUCAAAAAAUUUCACAUAAUCUAUCAAUAAUUAAUCACAUUUCACAAUACUAAUUGCCAACUGAUCAUUAUAUAUAUGCACUUACUUUCUUAAUACAGUGUUUAAAAUAUGAGCAUGAUCUUUGCGAAGUGUUCCAUUAGUUGAAGAUGCAACUUCCAUAUACACAAUAUCAAGAAAUUUCUGCUAAGAAACUAUCACAAAUUUUCCUUUUUCAAUAUCGCCUGAUCAAAUGAAGUUUCUAAUCUAUUUCUCUACCUCUUUUCAAGUGUAAAUUUGAAAGUUAUAAAUGAGUCACACUUCUAACCAACUUGUUUGCAUUUUAUUUUGUCAGCAAAGUCUUGUAAAUAACUGACUUUGAGUUAACCUUUGAAAUGAAAAGCUAUAGGUAAAUGAAAGGAGUGGUGCCAAUAGAUAAGCUUAAAAUUUCAAGAAUUAACUAUUUCCUUCUACAUGGAAUGGAACCAGUUUGGACUAAAAAUACUAAUAUUUCUUUACAUAUUUCUCUAGAUGCAAUAAAUUUUAACUCAGUGGAAAGAGAUUAUUUUUUAAUUCAUUGGUCGAUGAAUGUAUAAUGAAUGUAAGCUUAAUAUAAAUUAGAUACAUUGCUUGAUAAUGAAUGCUUAGGUAAAGUUUGGUUAACUUAUGAAAUAAACAAACAGUAGAUGUAUGUUGGUUGAUGCAGGAAUGGGUUACAUGCAAUGAUAUAUAUAUAUAUAUAUAUAUAUAUAUAUAUAUAUAUAUAUAUAUAUAUAUAUAUAUAUAUAUAUAUAUAUAUAUAUAUAUAUAUAUAUAUAUAACCAAAACUGACAUAUUAACCAAAAGGAAAAUAACAUUUGAAAAUUCUUAAUGACAUUGAAACUUAGCUUGUUUGUUGGUCUCUUUACUUUCCAUGACAGUGGCACAAUAUUUUGUAAUAGAAAUUUAAUUAAAACAUAAACAUAAUAGGAAAAAAGAAUUGCAUUGUUUGUACUGUUCCACUUCCUUUUUAAAUAAUGCCAUUAUAGUUUUGGGACCAACAAUGUAUUAGUAUUUAUUUUGAGUAUAGUUAAGUUCAAAAAUUGGAACACGAAACAUACUAGUUCCUCUAAAAUUGAAUUUGAAGGCAAGUUCUUCAACUCAAGUACAUCAAACAAACUACACUUAAUGGUUGGAACGCUCCACUACACUUAAUGGUUGGAAGUUGGAGCGUCUAAUGUUACAUGCACCCAAACUGACUUAUUCACAUUGUUUUCAACAUAUAAUAUAAGACAUGUGAACUAGUUUGUGGUCCGACGUGAUUUAUUCACCCUUUGGAUACAUCAUUGUGUUUAUCGUUUUGGUUAAAUUAUCUUGUUAUCCUUGAUUAAAUGCACUAACUUAGAAAAUUAAAUGCAUCAUCUCUUACAAUAGGAUACAUGAGAAAAUAAUUCUUUGGUUUUCUUUACUCUGAAUUAAACUGAACUGUCGUACCAGUUCGGUGAACCGGUUCAGUCCUAACAAGAUAUAUUUUAAUGUUUAGUGACUCACAUGUUAAUUGUUUUCCAUAUAGAAAAUGGAUCGUACUUGGAUGUAUAAUAGAGCAUAUUCUGAUAGACACGGAUUGAAAGAAGAGUUUGUUCGUGGGGUUAAAAAUUUUGUGAAGAGGGCUUUAAAACAAUCCAUUUGUAAAUCAGAGGGAGGGAUAAGGUGUCCAUGCAUAAAUUGCAAGUGUGGCAAGAUAAGUACAGCAACUAAUGUAAGACUACACCUGUAUCGAGAUGGAUUUCAACCAAACUAUUGGAUUUGGACUCAACAUGGAGAAGUGGAGGUCAAUAUUGAUACAGGGGAUGGUUUAAAUAGUAGUGAGCAUGUGCGUCAUGCUGACCAGUUUGAGGCAAUGGAUCAGAUGGUGUAUGAUGCUUUUAGGCCUCAUGGAGGUUUCUCUCACGCGAAUGAUAACAUGCAACAAGAGGAAUUUUCGGAGGAUGAGUUUCCCAACGAAGAAGCUAAACAGUUUUAUGAAAAGUUGAUAUCUUUCAACAAACCCAUUUAUGAGGGUGCUACCCAGUCUAUGUUAUCAAUAUCUACUCAACUUCUUGAAAUUAGGUCUAACUGGCAUGUUCCACAAAAAGGUUUAGAUUUUGUUGCCCAAAUGCUUAAAAGUGUAUGUCCAGUUCAAAAAUGUUUGCCUGAGAACUAUUACCAAGCAUCACAGUUGGUGUCUAAGUUAGGGCUAAAGGUUAAGAAGAUUGAUUGUUGUAAGAAUGGUUGUAUGUUAUACUACAAGGAUGAUAGCAAGUUGUCUGGGUGCAAAUUUUGUAAUGCUCCUAGGUUCAUUCCUCGCAGGACUGGCAUGGGAAAGUACACAGAUGUCCCGGUGAAGAGGAUGUUUUAUUUCCCAAUCAUUCCUAGAUUACAAAGACUAUAUGCAUCAACUGAGUCAGCAACUGAAAUGAGAUGGCAUCACAUAAACAAAAAUAGUUCAAACGUCCUUCGCCAUCCGUCUGAUGGAAAAGCGUGGAAACAUUUUGAUGAUGUACAUCCUGACUUUGCUAGAGAACCCAGAAAUGUAAGAUUAGGUCUGUGUUCAGAUGGAUUUACUCCUUACAUUCAAGCAUCGGCUUCUCCAUACUCAUGUUGGCCAAUAGUAGUUACUCCAUACAAUCUUCCCCCUGAAAUGUGCAUGACCAAACCAUACUUGUUUCUAACUUGUCUCAUACCCGGACCUCACAACCCUAAAUUGAAGAUAGAUGUCUACUUGCAACCAUUGAUUGAUGAUCUAUGUCAAUUAUGGUCCAGUGGAGUUUUGACAUAUGAUAUAUCCACAAAACAAAACUUCAUCAUGAAAGCCUGUUUGAUGUGGACAAUUAAUGAUUUUCCGGCCUAUGGUAUGUUAUCUGGGUGGGGAACACAAGGUAAGCUGGCAUGCCCUCAUUGUAUGGAACACACAGAUGCUUUUACCUUGAAAAAAGGCCAUAAGAAUUCUUGGUUUGACUGUCAUCGUCGUUUCUUGCCAACUAAUCACUCUUUCAGAAGGAGUAAAAGAAGUUUCAUAAAAAAUAGGGUUGUGAAAGAUGACCCACCUCCUAUUUCCACAGGGCAAGAUAUAUGGGCGGUAAUAAGUAGUUUUCCAAAAGUGACUGAAAUUGGAUGGGAAGCAAAAUGGAAAGAGUUCGAAGGGUAUGGAGUUGAUCAUAAUUGGAAAAAGCGAAGUAUUUUUUGGGAUCUCCCAUAUUGGAAGGAUAACUUGUUAAGGCACAACCUUGAUGUGAUGCACAUAGAAAAAAAUGUAUUCGAUAAUAUAUUUAACACUGUCAUGAAUGUUAAGGACAAAACAAAGGAUAACGAAAAGGCAAGGGAAGAUUUGGCUGAAUUAUGCUUUCGUGGGGACUUGGAGCUCCAACCCUUAGCUAAUGGAAAGAGGGGUAAACCAAAGGCAAGCUACACUCUGACCAAACCUGAAGUUAAGUUGGUUUGUAAAUGGUUGAAGGAAUUGAGAACUCCAGAUGGUUAUGCUUCAAACCUCUCUAGGUGUGCCAAUGUCGAAAAGGGUACGGUGCAUGGGAUGAAGAGCCAUGAUUGUCAUGUUUUCAUGGAGUGCUUACUCCCAAUUGCAUUUCGCUCGUUGCCGGAUUCGGUUUGGAAACCAUUAACCGAGCUAAGUCGAUUCUUCAAAGAUCUUUGUUGCAAUACGUUAAGGAUGGAUGACUUAGUUAAAUUGGAUGAGAAUAUUUCAGUUAUCAUAUGCAAGUUAGAAAGGAUUUUUCCACCGGGGUUCUUUGACUCAAUGGAGCAUCUUCCGAUCCAUCUUGCUAAAGAAGCGAUGCUAGGUGGUCCAGUACAAUACCGGUGGAUGUAUCCAUUCGAAAGAUUUAUGGGAGUCUCAAAGAGGGCAGUGACAAAUAAGGCUAGAGUUGAAGGUUCCAUAUGCACCGACUAUAUACAUCGUGAGACAAAUUACUUUUGUUCUCAUUAUUUCAACUCAUUUGGUUUGUUGCCAACUACAAAUAUUAGUAACAAUCCUCGUUCAGACCAUGAUGACAUCCUACCUACAAUGUCCCUCCUAAACAGUGGUGGUCGACCAAGUGGGAAGUCUGGAAAACAUUAUCUAUCAGAUAAGGAAUGGAAGGAGAAGAUUCAACUGAAACCCCACAAGCUUAUGAACAUUUUGAUGAGGAAAUGCACGUAUCGGAAUCUGAACCUGACACUCCUCCCGGAUACUAUGAGCCUCUCCCUGAAGAUGAACCCAUUCCUGAUUAUGAACCUCUUCAUGAAGAUGAACCCAUUUCCGAGUAUGAGCCUGAGACUCCUACUGAUGAUUAUACUGUUGAUAUGACUGAUGUCGAGCUUGAACCUCAU